AUGGGAGACUUAAAGGAUUUUACUAUACCAUCAGAAUAUCAAGACCAGCUGGAACUCGUCACCAUCACAGACAAACGUUCCGACCAGGAUAUUCUCCAGGACCUCACACAAUAUGGACCUGUCACAUCAGAGAAGAAUAUCUGGGCAUUCUGGCAUUCAGGUGUCAUGAGCAUGCCAGGAUGGUGCCAGCGUAAUAUCACCGACUGGGUCCGCAUCUGCAGCCCCAGCUGGACUGUCCGAAUCCUGGACAAUAAUCCCGACUCGCCCAACUACGCACUGAAAUAUGUGUCUGCAGAUCUCUUACCAGAAGCAUUCGUGCUGAAGCAAAUGGACGGCCCGUACGUAGGCCCCCACAGCGCGGACUUCCUGCGCGGUGCAUGUCUGUAUCAACAUGGCGGCGUGUUCAUAGAUGUUGGAUGUAUCUUACUACGACACAUGGAUCGUAUUGGCUGGGAUAAGCUGGAGGAUCCCAAUUCACCUUAUCAAGUUGCCGUCCCUCUCAUGUAUGGCCAGACGGUGGCAAAUUCUUGGGUAGCUGCUCGAAAAGGUGAUCCGUUCAUCAAAAGAUGCAAAAACAGGCACGACCUCUUCACUCAUCUGUGGAAGGGCCACAAGAACCACGAAGGUCUGAUCGAGAACCCCCUACUGGCCUUCGGCGCCGGCCAGGACUUUGACGAGUCCCGCGCCAGCAACUUCCACUGGGACUUUGCCGUGCCCGCCAGGACGGUGAUGGAGUAUAUCACCCAGGUGCUGGCGUGGCAGCGGCUCACCAUGCUCGAGGACGCCGGCGACGGGUUCUCGUGCGCCGACUACUGGCAGCGCAACGUCUACUGCUUCGACGUCCUCAAGGAGGCCUGGGCCGCCGAGGAUGAGGUGGGAUUCGGUGGACAGAAGCUGUUCGACGUGCUGACUAUGAGACGCGAGGGUGGCGAUAAGACUUCCGAGCAGUAUAAGAAGGCCGAGCGGGCGAUCUAUAGAAUGCUGAGCCAGGCCUCGUUCCAGAAGAUCACACAUGGGAAAGGCCUCACUAAGAGCUUGGCCGUGGGCGCCCUGUUCGACAAGCCCGAGAAUGUGGACGCCGAUCGAGCGUCGGGUACGUUUGCUGAGUUGCUCAGAUAUGGGUCGGUUCAUUUCAGACAAAAGAGAGGAAAUAUUGUUCAGAUGGAAGCAAAGAAACCCCCGCAGACAUUGAAGAAGGGAGUAUUGGAACCUUGA